AGCGCCUCCUCGCCAGCCGCCAACCACAACAAUGAACCCCUCCGUGGCUGCCUUCGCCGUCCUGCUGGUUGCAGCAGCUUUCCUCGCCCAGAGCCAGGCCUGGAAUGAUCCAAGCUUCUGCUGCUUCAGCUACAAAGAGAAACCAAUUCCAGUGAAGCUCGUGAAAUCCUUUGAACACACAAACUACCAGUGUGCCAUGCCGGCUGUCAUAUUGUACACGAAAGGCGGUAGAAAGUUCUGUGCCGAUCCCCAACAAACAUGGGUCAAGAACAUUUUGAGUCACUUCCAAUGAAACUGACAACCCCUCCACCUCCGUCUCCCCCACAAGAAGGAAGGAGAAAGCAGACAUCUCUUCGGCUGAGGUCUCACCUGACCCUCUCCUGACCAUUUUGCACUAUUAAUAACUUAAGUGGGUUGUUUUUUUUAAAGAGAAGAACAAGUAAUGUAUUCUAUUUAAAUUAUGCCUUAAUAUUUGUAAUGUAUUUGUUUUAAAAGUUAAGUUACAACUGCGUAAAGGUUCUGUGAAAUGUUGUCAAAAGAUCUGAAACUUCUGUAAUAAAUCUCAGG